AUGGCUGACCAGCGACUGACGCACGGCGUGUCCGUGGCAGCUGUGCGGCGGUUUCUGGGUGAUCUGAAGCGCGAGUUCCCCGACACGUACGCUGAAAUGACGACGGAGGAUGCCUGCAAGCAGCUGGUUGUGCCACGCACACGCCAGGACAACUGCGCCUACGUCGAGCAGCUGCGCAAGCAGUCGCCAGAGCACGUGAACAAGGCCACCGUGUUCGUGUCGCACGCAUGGCGGUACAAGGUCGCAGACGUGCUCAACGUCUUGCUUGAGUUUGCAGAGGAGCAAGCAAGGAAGGACGACGGCCAGCCGGUGUUCUUCUGGUUUGACCUCUUUAUGAACAACCAAAACGCCAACGUCACGGCCAACCUCCCACAAGAAUGGUGGAGCACGACGUUCAAGCAGUCGAUUGCCAACAUUGGCCAUGUGCUGCUGGUGCUCAUGCCGUGGCGAGACCCUGUUCCCUUGACACGCGCGUGGUGUUUGUGGGAGAUCUUCUGUGGCAUCAGCAACGAGGGCACAGAGGUCACCAUCCAACUACCCAACAGCGAAGAACAGGCGCUCGAAAACGCCAUUCGCGAUGACUAUAAAGCAGUGACCGACACGCUGGUGCGCGUGCAGGCAGAGCGAGCCGACGCCUUCAACCCCCACGACAAACACAUGAUCUUCACGGCGAUCCAGUCGUGGGCGGGCGGCUUCAGCGCAGUCAACCAGGCCGUGAAAGACCAGCUGCGCGCAUGGUGCCUGGAGAAAGCGGUGGGUGCCGUCGAAGCCAUGCGGGCACGGGGCGAGGACAGCACAGUUGCCUUCGCGGGGUUAUGCCUCAACGUUGGGCUGGUGCUGGAUGACUUUGGCGAAUACGAUGGCGCCAUUGCAUUCUACGAGACAGCCCUGCCGAUUUACCUGCGAACUGAGGGGGAUAAAGGCGAGAACGUGGCGGGGUUGCACGGCAACCUCGGCAUCGCCUACGACAGCAAGGGCGAAUACGAUAAGGCGGUUGAGUUUUACGAGAAGGCCCUCGCCAUCAUGGUGGAGACGCUGGGUGAGAAGCACCCCAGCACAGCCGACACGUACAACAACCUCGGCAACACCUACGACAGAAAGGGCGACUACGACAGAGCGAUCGAGCUGUACGAGAAGGCCCUCGCCAUCUACGUGGAGACGCUGGGCGAGAAGCACCCAAGCACUGCCGAUACCUACGGCAACCUCGGCAUCGCCUACCAUAGCAAGGGCGACUACGACAGAGCCAUCCACUUCCACGAGAAGGACCUCGCCAUCACGGUGGAAGCGUUGGGCGAGAAGCACCCGAGCACAGCACAGACGUACUUCAACAUCGGCCUGCUGCACGACAAGCGCGGCGAAAAGGAGCGGGCAUGCGCCUAUGUCCAACAGGCGCUCGACGUUUUCACAACCACGCUUGGGACAGACCACCCAAACACCCGCAAGGCGGAGCGAAACCUGGGGCGCAUUCGCGGUGGUGCUGUGAACAGGCAGCACGCAUCCACGCAACACGUGUCAGAGUCUCAACUUCAGCAGCAAAACGUACUUGCUCAUCGCAACCUUCUGCUUCGGUUCAUCUCUUCUGCUGUUGUGUACCAGGCGUUUGCUCCACAACGCAACUUGCUCAUGCGGUUUCUCGGUGCAGUUGCACAGGUUCACGCUGAGGCAAGACGCCCAGCAAACACGGGCAGCGACGGUGAAGACAAGAAGACAUGGACUGGGCGAGAUGCUCCUCGUGGCUGCUCUGUACCAGCAAGAGCGUUGUACAAGGACGCUUGUAAGUGCCCAAAUGAGCCACUGGCCGGCUGGUUGCGGAAGCGUGGGCGACGGAGGGCCGCCUUUCGCCCGUGCUGGUGCAAGCUUGACGACGACGGCCACCUCGCGUACGGCAAGUCCGCUUCAGGCACGGCCAAGCGACGCAUCCCCCUGUCCAGCGUGCUGUCAGCUGAGCUCGCCCAUGGUGGCGAAGAGUUACACGUUGCUGUUCCCGGCCGGACCUUCGCCUUCCGCUUGCACGCGCGCUCUGACACCUCGCUCGCUGACUGGUGCACCGCCAUCAACAGUCGCAUCAACGCCACCACUUGA